CAGUGUAAAUCCUCUUCGUCCCUAUCUAAACGCUGCCGCUUGCUUCACUUCCCCCAACCCCAUCCCCAGGAUUCAGGUGUUCCCCUUCUCUCGGCUGCGGCUCUCGAAUGGGACUAUGGGAGCCGACAAAUCUAGCUGGUCUCCUCCCACUGUUGAUCUCCGCCUCCCGCACCAUCUAGGGCUCCCCUCCCUUCUCCGCCUGCUCCCCGGCAAACUACCCACCUCCCAAUCUUCCCUUCCUCCCCAAUCUCCACCCGAAUCCAAAUCCAACUCACUCUCAGAUCUCAGAACCAUCUUUCUCAAAUCGCUCCAAUCCGUUCUCCCCUUCACCGCCGCCUGUCCCGCCCCUUACCAGCGUCCCGUUCGCACGUGGCCGCCGGAGCCCGGCUGCGCCGUACCGCGUUUCCGGCCAUACGUCGCAAGGGUUCCAUGGCACAGCGGCGCUCGUGCUUUCCUUUCUCAGCUCUUCCCUCGCUACGGCCAUUACUGCGGCCCUAAUUGGUCAAGCGGGAAGGCAGGCGGCUCUAUGCUUUGGGAUCGCCGCCCCAUUGAUUGGCUUGACUUCUGCUGCUACUGUCAUGAUAUCGGGUACGACACCCAUGAUCAGAGCAAGCUCCUCAAGGCUGAUUUGGCUUUUCUUGCGUGCUUGGAGAGGCCCCAAAUGGCUACUAAGGGUGGCGCUUAUACGUCGCUCCUGUACCGCUCCAUGUGCAUCGCCGGUUUGAGGUAUUUACUAAUACCUUACAGGAUGCAGCUGCUGAGAAUUCAAUCUGGGCCUUCAUUCACAGAGGUUCUAAGCAAUUUGACUGUUAAACUUAAUGUGUGUAGACAAAACUUGGAUAGCAAGAAUUUGUGAUUGAUUUUGAAUGGAAAUGUGUUUGGCUUUUGGUAGUGAGUGCAAGUGGAAACCAGUUGUUGGCCUACUUGCCUUCCUGUGUACAGAAUAAACUAGUUUUGAAGCCAUUUAGGAAGCUAUAAUGUAAAUUCAGUGGAACAUUAUGGCCAAGUUAGGUGAAGUAUUUUGUCAUCUGUGAUCUCUAUUCAUGCUUUUACUUGUUUUUGUGUGGAUUGACGCGUAAUUGAAGAGCACUACUGAAAGAAAAA